AUGGCUUCAGCCGACGAUAUCAUCAGCAAAGCGGAGGCGAUUCUUGCUAGUGCAAAGAAGUUCAAGGGUGAUAGAGCAGAACGCCAUGAAUUGAUGAAGCAAGUGGACCUCCUUUAUUUGGACUUGGAAGACCCCAUGGAUGCUAUGCUGCGACAAUGGUCAUUUAUGAACACGGCUACGUCUCUGAACAUGAUGGUUAAGAUGGGUGCUUUUGAGAAAAUGCCGAAAGAGGGAAGCAUUACUGCGACUGAGUUAGGGGCACUCAUCAAUUUAGAACCAUCGGUGAUAGUUCGUCUAAUGCGAAUGCUUACCAGCACCGGAGUAAUCGAAUUGACAGGAGAAGACACUUAUGCUCACACUCCAAAAUCACGUGCAUACCUUGAUGGCGCCGCAAUGGACUUCUUUAACUUGUGUAUAAACAUGUUCGGUUGUUACCUCACCUGGCCAGACUACUUCAAAACGCGUACACCAGAAGAGCUGAUUGACCUCCGAAAGACACCAUACACAUUCGCGUACGGCCGCGAAGGGCAAACCUUCUACGAAGUCCUCACAGCUGACAAAGACCGCUUCAACAUGUUCAACAAAGCCAUGAUGCAACAAGAAGCGUCACUCCCUACCCUGGGCAUGUUUCCUUUCGCAUCUCUGAAAGAAGAAGUAGAAGCUGAGCCUGACCGAGCUUUUGUCGUCGAUAUCGGAGGCGGGAGAGGACAGUCUCUUCUCAUGAUCCAGAAAGAGACGGCCGCACUCUUUGGUGCUUCAAGUAAGAUGGUGUUGCAGGAUAGACCGCAAGUUUUGGACACAAUACCCCAAGAGCUACUUCCGAACAUCGAAAAGAUGCCGUAUGAUUUCUACACUGAGCAGCCGGUCAAAAACGCGCACAUCUACUUCCUCCGCCGCAUAAUCCACAAUUACCAGGACAAUGUCUGUCUCACAAUCCUCAAAAACAUCGCCGCAGCCAUGGGACCUAAAUCACGUCUUCUCAUAGGCGAAGUCAUUGUUCCAGCCCGUACCGAAAUAGGCGAGGAUCUGGGCACGUAUUGGAUGGACAUGGUGAUGAUUUCCAUCGGUGGAAAAGAGAGGAGCGAGAAAGAGUUUGUUGCUCUAUUGGAAGGUGCUGGAUUGGUGUUACACAAGAUCUGGCCGUAUGUGGUGGGGAACCAGGCAAUGAUUGAGGCGAGGUUGAAGGAGGUGUAA